AAUAUGAUCAACCUUGUUGGAAGGUUGGUAAUCCCUUAAAAUAUGAACACCCAUUCAUAGCGGCCACAUACAAUGGCAAACUCUUUCUUUAAUAUGCCAAUUUCCGUCAUCACUUUCUUCUUCUUCUUCUUCUUCUACCUCCUUCUCUUUACCAGUGCUGCAAACAACACUAUAACUCACUCCCAGUCUCUAACCGAAAACCAAACCUUACUUUCCAUCAACACAACCUUCCAACUUGGUUUCUUCACUCCUAACAACUCUAAAAACCGCUACCUCGGCAUAUGGUACAACAAUCUCCCGGUUCAAACCGUGGUAUGGGUCGCCAACCGAGAGAAACCAAUCACAACAAACAUCCCUUCUGUUUUGAAGAUAAACACCACACAAAACAGCACCACACUUGUCGUCCUCCAGAACAACUCUGUUAUAUGGUCUACACCGCCGUCAAGACGCGCUUCGAAUCCGGUUCUUCAGCUACUGGACUCAGGGAACCUUGUUUUGAGAGAACAAGAUGAUAAAAAUGAAAAGAACUAUUUAUGGCAGAGUUUUGAUUACCCUUCUGACACGCUUCUUUCAGGGAUGAAGCUAGGGAAGAACUUGAAAACCGGCCUGGAUCGACGCGUGACCGUGUGGAAAACCGUGGAUGAUCCUUCACUGGGAAACUUAACUUGGAUGAUGGAAGUUACAACCUGGCCACACCCAAUACAAACAACAGGAUCAAAGAAACAAUUCGACAGUGGACCGUGGAAUGGAUUGGUCUACAGCAGCAUGCCAACCAGAAUUCGCCAACCAACUUUCGAUUAUGUUUAUGUUUCCAAUGAGGAUGAAGUUUACUUCAUGUUCCAUCUUGUUAACAACUCUGUUCCAACAAGAAUGGUGCUGGAUGCAACUUCUUACAAGCGUCAGUACUCGGUUUGGGACUACGGUUCGCAAGAAUGGAAGGUUUAUAACUCGCUGCCGCGAGAUUUUUGCGAGCAAUACGGCGUUUGCGGCCCCAAUGGGAACUGUGAUUUGUCAAAGUUGCCUGCUCAGGCAUGUGAUUGUUUGAGAGGGUUUAGGCCCAAGUCGCCGGAAGAAUGGAAUCGACAGAACCGAUCUGACGGUUGCUUGCGCGACAAGCCACUGAAUUGCGGAGGCGAUAAGUUUGUGAAGUAUGAAAAGAUGAAAGUGCCUGAUACUGUGAAUUGUUGGUACCUGAAUGAGAGCAUGAAUCUUGAUGAGUGCAGAACCAAAUGUUUGGGGAAUUGUUCUUGUGUGGCUUAUACGAAUUCGGAUAUUAGAGGUGAAGGUAGUGGCUGUGCUUUGUGGUCUGGUGAUCUUUAUGAUUUGAGGAUUUUACCAGAUGCAGGCCAAGAUUUGUACAUUAGAGUGCCAGCUUCAGAGUUAGAUUCAAACAAUGGACGCAAGGUCAAGAUAGGAGUUGGAGUUGGAGUCUCAGUUGGCGUAUUAUGUGGCCUUCUCUUAGCAUUCUGUUUGAUAUGGAAAAGACGAAAAAGGGCCACUCUGAAAGAUCAUGUAGAGACUAAUGCAGCAUUAAAGGAUCAGUCCAAGGAAGAACAAGAGGAAGAUCCAGAGGUUCCAUUAUAUGACCUAUCAGUUAUAGCUUCUUCCACUGAUAACUUCUCAGACAAAAAUAAGCUUGGAGAAGGUGGUUUUGGACCUGUGUUUAAGGGAACAUUAGAAAAUGGGCAAAGAAUUGCAGUUAAGAGACUUUCAGUUAGUUCCGGACAAGGGAUCAAGGAAUUUAAGAAUGAAAUUGCCUUGAUAGCCAAACUUCAGCAUCGUAAUCUUGUAAAGCUUCAUGGAUAUUGCAUUCAAAAUGAAGAGAAAUUACUUAUAUACGAAUAUAUGCCUAAUAAAAGUUUGGAUUUCUUUAUAUUUGAUCAAACACAAAGAACAGUAUUGGAUUGGCCAAGACGAUUUCAUAUAAUUUGUGGGAUUGCAAGAGGUCUUCUUUAUCUUCAUCAAGAUUCAAGACUUAGAAUAAUUCAUAGAGAUCUUAAAGCAAGUAAUGUUUUACUAGACGAUGAGAUGAAUCCUAAAAUCUCAGACUUUGGAUUAGCUAGAAUUUUGGGAGGAGACCAAACUGCAGAUUCUACACGUCGGGUGGUUGGAACUUAUGGAUACAUAGCACCAGAAUACGCGAUAGAUGGAAACUUCUCAAUAAAAUCAGACGUGUUUAGCUUUGGUGUUUUGCUGUUGGAGAUAAUAUCAGGAAGGAAAAACAGAGAGCACAAUCAAAAAGAAAGUACAAGCCUUAUUGGACAUGCAUGGAAUUUGUGGAUACAAGAGAGGCCAUUGGACUUGGUUGGUGAAUACCUGAAAGAAUCUUGUAAUGCUUCUGAAGUAUUGCGUUGCAUUCAUAUUAGUUUCCUGUGUCUGCAGCAGCAUCCACAUGACAGGCCAGAGAUGUCAUCUGUAAUUUUGAUGUUAGGUAGUGAAAUUGGUUUGCCUAAGCCAAAACAACCGGCUCUAUUUGUUAGAGAAUAUUCUUCUUCUAAUAAGGAGUAUUCUUCAUCAAAUAAGAGUAAUUUAGCUUCUGUCAAUGAAUUAAGUAUCUCCAAUGUAGAAGCUCGUUAGGGAGUACAUAUAUAUUGUGUAGCAAAAUGAGAGCAGAUUAAAUGGCUUUGUACUGUAACCAUGACCAAUUAAUUUCGGAGUUAUGUAAUUUCCUUCCUUUCCUUC